AUGCACGGUGCCAAGGUCCUACCAAAAACCUGGUUUGAAGCAACCAUAGCUUCCAAGGACAUAGGGCUGCUGCUGAGAGAUGACGUUUUUGUCUACUUUUUCAACACGUUCCUGAAUCUUCCUGUUUUUGGCCAGACACCCAUUUACAUCAGCAGCAUGGGCCGGGCUGCGACACAGGAUCCCAGCCCCUCGACUUUACUGGCUUGGCUGGAAAAGCACCCCCUGCCUCACUUCUGCAAAUCCAGCCUGUGCCUCCACCUCAUCCUCUGCCAGAAGCUCCUGGGUUUCAUUCGGCCGGGGGAAGCAGGAGAAGAACUGACCAACUUCUGGCUCACCACCAAACGGCUCCUGGGGCUUGAUGUGUCAGAUGCCAGACAGAAGGACCUCUGCUUUUCCUUGCUCCACAGGCUGAAAGCCAAGCACCUGCAUGAAGGCUCCAGUGUCAUCGCUCUCUGCAAGACCACCCUUGCUUUGUCACUGACAAAACCCAGGCACGUUCAGCCCAUCAACACCAGGAGAGAGAUCCUAAGCAAGAUACAGGAACAUGCCCUUUUUGUGAUUCAGAGUUACUGGCUCCCUAAGUUCUUCAUCCACUGCAAGAUGGGCAUGGAGUCAGAGAAAUCAUGCUGGCCUCUGCUGCAGGAAUAUCGAGAGCGUUUACUGCGAUCUGUUCCCCCCAAGCAAUACUUGCAGGAGCCCUCAGACCUUUCGGAGAACCUCUUCCCAAUGCACAUUAGAAGAAGCCAGGGUUUGUCAGGGCCCUACUGCAGCAAGACAGCCAAAGCAGAGGUCUGGACUCUGAUCAAGGAGGGAAAAGACACCCAAGAAAUAAAGAUGCCCAGUUUUCAGGUGCAACCAGAAAGGCAGCCAGGGCCAGCUAGAACUGCUACACAAAGCUUCACAAAGGAAUUGCAUCUGGAUAAGGGUGCUUUGGGACCGAUUCCUCAGCAGUCAGAGCAUCCUGCAUACACUGCCUUCGGAGCCAAAGGAGGCACAAACUCUCCCAAAAGACCUAGACCCAAUGCAGAUCGGGUCCUUCACCUGGAAGACCUCUGUGAAGAGAAUGCCCUCUCUAACCUGCGUUCCUCUACACCCCUCGUCCAGCUGCCAUCUCUGAAAAAGCCAGCUGAGACCUUGAGUUUCCUUCCCUGGGCCUUUAGCGCCGAGUCCUGCACGGGACGGCCUUUCAGGGACUUCUUGAGGUGCCAGGACAAAUCUAUGGAGACUCGUCUCCUGGACCUGUGGCAUGACCUGGAGGAAUUUCUGCCUCUACUGCUGAGCCCCGGCAGAGAAAACAGUUUCUUCCUACGUCAUGUGAUUGGGGAGAAGAUAUGCAAGACCUACCUGGAGGACGACACCAUUCAGCAGCUUCCUCUGGAGACCAGGACUCUCAGGAGCUUGUGGGACCGUCUGAAGUCUGGAGAAUUCUCCCCCUGGAUAUUCAGAGCCCAGAAGGAGAUUUGCAAGGUGCUCUGCUGCUUCUACGAGGAAUUUCUGGCUGACGAUGACAGGACGUUCCUCCAGUUUAUGCUCUCCUGGGUGGAUGUUGACCUCUUGAGGAAAGCUGCUGCCUUUGCUGGCAAGGCAUUGUCUGGACUACCUGGGGGACCUGCUGCCUGUCCCUGGUACAUCCCAGCUGCAGGCAGAUGUGAGCCAGCUUUAAGCAGCUGCACGGAUGCUGUUGGGAAAGAUGAAUGUUUUCUCCUGUCCCAGCGGAUAAAUGAGUCCUUGAAGCUGAGCCAGGCCUUGCAUGGCACGAGGAACUUGGAAGGUCUCUCCUCCAAACACUGGCAAUUAAUUGUCACUCGGGACCUCCGGAAAGGAGGCUCCAUCCAGGCAGAGGUGGAACUUUUCCUGUCCAGGAUGGAUUCCCAGAAGAUGAUGUCAAAUGAGCUGGCUGGUCAGAAACCCUCGCUGGCCAUGGAUAGCCCAGGCAAGGAAAAUGAGCUUCUGUGUCUCAAAAGCCCAUCACUUGGUUACUGGUGGCACAGAGAUCACUUCUCCUGGCAUCUCCUCGUGUACAGGCACUUCAUGAAAGUACUGCACAACCCUGCCCACCUGCAGUUCUUCAAGCAUUUCCUCAAGGAGCGCAACGCAGAUGAACCACUGUGUUUCUGGAUGGCUGUGGAGAAGCUAGUCGCAGAGACCAACCCUAAGAUGAAGAACCUCCUUAUUAACAGCAUUGUUGGAAAUUAUUUCCAUGCCAAAAUCCCAGCUGAGGAGCAGCUGGACUGUCACACUUCCAUCAUCAAAGAAAUACAUGAGGCAGAAGUAGUCAGCCCCUUCAUGUUGAUGACAGCACAAGUCUUUGUCCAGAAGGCAAUGGAAAAACGAUGGUUUAAAGAGUACCAGGACCUGUUUCGCCCGAGUGAUACACAUAAGUCUAAUCUUUUUUUCCAGCAUGGGAUGGGGAACUUCAGUACAGACAAACUGGACAUCGUCAAGAGCACCUGCAAGUUCCGGAGGGAGAUGGACAAUACCAAACACCGUACAGAGUUUGAGGACUUUCUCCGGCAGGAACUAGGAAAUGAGGAGGAAAACUUGCCCAUCAACAGCGUGAGCACUUACCACUCCCAGACGACCUCUGCCAGCAGCCCAGAGGACAAAGAGGUGGUACUAGUGAAACGCCAGCUGUAACAGGUCAUUACCAUUAACUUCCUCAUGGAUGACCUCCGCUUUUAUCUGGAGAUUGACAACCUAGUAGUCAAGAAGACUUGUCUCAGAGCAAGACCCCACAUGCCUCUGCAGGUUUUCCAGGCAGUGGAAGCUCUGGCAGCUCAAAACAUACAGUCAGAAAAGGAAGUUGCUUUUCUUAAAAGUAAAGCCGUCAUCAUCAGCAAACUCUUCCUGAACUCCGAUGUUCCCCCCAAAUCGCGGGUAAACUUCUCUGAGGAAGAGAGAGAUUUAAUCUGGAGUUUAUCGUCCAAGGGGCUACUAAACCGUAUGCUCUACCACAGGGCUAAGGUCAUGAUCUUCCCCAUCCUGAUGCAUUUCUGGAGAAGGUUCUGCACCUGGAAGGUGAUGAGGAGCUUUCAGGUCUCCACGAAGGACAGGGUGCCAAUCUCUUCACCCAUUACAAAAUCCUCCUCUGCAUCAUCUGACAGCUACAGUCCAGACAAUCACACCGUCAUUGUCUUCACGCUCCUGAAUGGGGUCCAGAUCCUGCUGCCAUGGACCCAGAAGACAAUGGAGCCAUUGGAGGAGCAAAAGCUUGAUUUUGCCCCGAAGGCGAGCUGCGUUUUUGUGUGCUUUGCACUAGCCCUCCAGGCUCUGCAGCCUGAGCCCAGCUGA